GUACAAACAAAAACAAAAAUCUCGGUAAAAAUUUUGGAAAAAAAUUUUCACGGCAAAAAAUUUACACGGAAAAAAUUUGGUUUGGCUUCCAGUUUAAUAUAACAAAAAAUAAAAUAUUGGAAUAGUACGUUGCAUUUGCCUGGAGUUCAACCAGUUUCAGCUCCUAAUAGAAGACUGCUGCCGGACAAUAUGAGAAGGAGGAUACCGUUGCAGGCUAAGUUCUAGAUAGAGAUUGUGUGCUAACCGUGCAGGAUGGGCAAGGGAAAGGGCAAGGGAAAGGGAAAAGGUAAAAAGGGAAAGAAGGGAAAGAAGAAGGCGACUAUUGUUGCGCCAGCUGCGGCUGUUGUACAAGAAUGUCCACCAUGUCCCGAGCCACCAAAACAGAUACAGCCAUUGGAUCCAUGUCCCGAGUCCACCGGCCCGCAUGAUGUGCUCCGUGCACAGCCCAAUCAUUACCCGGCUUUGCUGCGCAUUCCGGAAACAAUGGCCGUUGUUGGCUCCGAGAAUGGAUGUUACGAUAGCAUCUGUAAGCUACUGCGCGCCGGAUUUCGCUGUGCGGAACGUGUCUUUGUGAUGGCGCCGUGGGGCAAUUAUGUGGUAUUCCGGUUCCAUAACAACAAUGACUUCAUCUACUUCCUCUAUGAUGGAUGCACCUGCGAUGUGAACCGAUUCCGUUAUUUGGACCUUAGCUGCGGCACCGCCGGCUUCCUUUUCUUCAAUAACAUGCAUGACGUCAUCAGCUAUAUCAUACAAUCGCGCAAAACGCGCCUGUACUUGGAGAAUCUCAACAAAAUAGCAAUAGAUCAAAUAGUCGAAGAGUACGGCGCCGUUACAUACACUCAGAAGGCCAAAUGCAUGCGCUUCUCGUAGAAUACAC